AUGGAUUCUGAUAACAAGAAGUUUGGAAGAGGUCCAAGAGAACUUACAGGUGCUGUGGAUCUUAUAAGUCACUACAAGUUGUUGCCUCACUAUGAUUUCUUCUGCAAGAGACCACUGCCGGCAUCAGUAUCAGACGCACACUAUCUUCACAAUGUGGUUGGGGAUACAGAUAUCAGAAAAGGGGAAGGCAUGCAAUUAGGCCAGCUUAUUCAAGAUGCAUCCACAUCGAGGGAAACUAAAACCCGUAUACAACCUUUUGACUUAGAUAUCCUUCGAGAAGCUUUUCAACUGAGGGAAACUGCUCCUGUUUCUCUUCCUCCAUCUGAGAAGGGCAUUCCCACCAUUUCUGGGAAACCUAGAAGUGAAUCUAAAGACAAGGAGAAGAAACAUAAAAAGCACAAGGACAAGGACAAAGAUAAAGACAAGCAUAAAGAGCACAAAAAGCAUAAACAUCGGCAUAAAGAUCGAAGCAAAGACAAGGAAAAGGAGAAGAAAAAAGAUAAAAAUGGUCACAAUGAUUCUGGCAAUGACCACUCGAAAAGACAUCAUGAGAAGAAGAGAAAGCAUGAUGGAGAUGAAGAUGGCAACGACAUUCAUAAACACAAGAAAAGUAAGCACAAGAGCUCAAAGAUAGAUGAAAUGGGAGCAAUAAAGGUAGCAGGCUGA